AUGACCAUCGAAGAUUCAGACGUGGAAGAAAAAUAUGGUACUUCUGAGAUGAGAGUGAAAGAAAGCAAAAAGCAUUGGUACCUGGAUAAUGCCUGCUCAAGACACAUGACUGGUGAUAAGAAGAAACUCCUUUCAUUCUCCAAAAUAAGUGGGGGUGGAUUUUCAUUUGGUGAUGGCAAAAAUGGAGUUAUUAUUGAAGUUGAAAAGAUUGGUACAUCUGAAUCAAGGGCAUUAGAGGAUGUCUACCUUGUGGAAGGAUUGAAGCACAACCUGCUUAUCAUAUCACAACUGUGCGAUAAAGGUAACAAAGUUAUUUUUACUUCUACAGGAGUCAAAGUCAAAAGGAUGGACACCAAGGAGGUUGUGCUCACUGCAAAAAGAUCCAAUAAUGUGUACAAAGUUGACAUAAUGACAAUGCCAGAAACAAAGCUGACUUUUUUGAGUGCUAUAGAAAAUGACCUCCUCCUCUGGCACAUGAGACUUGGACAUACAAGUCGAAAACAAUUAAACAGACUUUCUUCCAAAGAUAUGGUAUUGGGCUUGCCCAAAACCGAGUUCAUGGAAGAAAGGGUUUGCAGUGCCUGUGUAAGGGAGAAUUAG